AUGCAACAAUUUCAGCGUUACUAUAAGUCGGGAACAUGUACAAUACAAAAUAGGUUCCCUCUAGGAGUUACCUCAACCAAUACCAUCAGCCAUAAAUAUUCAUUCUCUAAACCAAAAUCAAAAGCUGAGGCCAAACAAGUCGCUGCAAAGAAACACAGUGAGGCAGAGAGGAGACGUAGGAUGCGAAUCAAUGGUCAAUACGCCACUCUGCGUGAUAUCCUCCCGAACUUAGUCAAAAUGGACAAGGCGACCGUGCUUGCAGAGACGGUUCGGCAAGUGAGGGAGUUGAGGAAGACUGUUUCGGAUUUGGAAGGAGUUUGUGGUGGUAGCGGUAAGGAUUGUGUGUUCCCUGGAGGGGCUGACAAGUUGAGUUUGGAAAACGGUGAUGGUGACGAUGACAAGGGGCUGGUCAAGGUCACAUUUAGCUGUGACGAUAGGCCAGGGUUGAUAUCAGCCGUGGCAAGGACACUGAGGUCUAUGAAAGGGAGGGUGGUGAAGUUUGAGAUGGUAACACUAGGUGGAAGGACUAAAAGUGUGUUGUGGGUUCAAGGGCUGAGUGGUGGCAAUGAAGGGAUUGGAAUGCUAAGAAGAGCUUUGAAGGUAGUCAUUGACAGGCCCAAUUUGCCAGGGAUUAGCAAGAGGUCACGGCUCACUUGA